AUGUUGACUGCCUAUACCGAUAACGACGGGAAAGAAUAUAAGUAUUAUGACGAAUACAAAGAUGAAAGCGGUGAUCUCGUCAUCAUUACUUCUGAUGAUCUCGCCAUUAAAGUCCAAAAAAGUCUCCUGGAACACUCGAGUCCCGUCUUUCGUUCCAUGUUCUCUACUUGCAAAUCCGAUGACAACGUCAUUCAUCUUGAUCAUCCAGCUGCCGCAUUAGCCCUCUAUCUCACUGCUCUUGGUGAUCGCCCGCUGGACUACCUCAAUAAUGAAUACGACACAUUCGCCGAGGCAAUCGAGCUCUGUUUCCUUUACGACACACUUCAUACCGGUCCUAAGAUGCUGAAAACGCUCUCCCCCAUCGGAAAGCUUGGACACAAACAUGGUUAUUCCCUUUUCAAGUUUUCAGCAAGAUUCGACGACGUUUUGACAGCCUGCAGGAUCAUCCAAACGAUAGGCCUCUACCAAGAUACUCGUCUCAAUGGCGGGGAUGCUUUUUGGCGGCCGAACAACUGGGAACGGUCUUACAUGGACGUUCUACCAAGUUCAUGGGUUUGGGCUUACAUGCAAGCUCAUCAGCAGACUACAGCUCGCAUCAGAACAAGAGACUACUGGAAUGAUAUUGCAAUAAAGUUCUUGGAGUACUUACUUCCAGUAGGUGUUCUAACAUGGCAUGAAUUACAGACCUUCUACCGCGGCAAUCCUCUUGAAACAAAGCUGACGUGA